AUGUCCAUCAUGGUGGAAGCUGGAGAUGACCAGUCGGAGCGGAUGACGGGUGAGGGCAUCAUUGUCAACACGCAGCAGGUGGUGAAGGGCUUGGAAGCCCUGCGGAGCGAGAACAUGAGCAUCCACCAGCGACUCCAGGAGGCCUUGCGGAAGGAGCGGCAGCUCUGGAGCGCGAGAGAGGAGGCGGCUGCAGCCCUGGAGCUGCUGGAGGAGAAACACAACCUGGUCUGGAAGAGCCUGGAGGGGAUUGAGCUGGGCAUUGCGGAAGCUCAGAUGCUGAUUGCCCUGUCUUCGCACAUCGAAGCCCUGGAGGCCGAGAAGCAGAAGCUGCGGGCCCAGGUGAAGCGGCUCCGCCAGGAGAACCUCUGGCUGCGGGAGGAGCAGGGCGUCACCCAGCUGCGGCUGCAGCACAGUGAGGCGACCGUGGCCCAGCUGGAGGAGGAGAAGAAGCACCUGGAGUUCCUGAACCAGCUCAAACAGUACGACCCCAAAGAGGACCAGGAUGAUUUGGAUGACAAGAGGAACAACUUCUUUUCCCUUUUCCCCAGCGAAGACGAGGACCAGAGACAUGGUGCGUCUAGUCCAAGCACGGCAGCUCAGCAAGGCGGUUACGAGAUCCCUGCACGCCUCCGGACCCUGCACAACUUGGUCAUCCAGUACGCCUCUCAGGGGCGCUACGAGGUGGCCGUCCCCCUCUGCAAGCAGGCGCUGGAAGACCUGGAGAAGAGCUCCGGACACAGCCACCCGGAUGUGGCCACCAUGCUGAACAUCUUGGCCCUGGUGUAUCGGGACCAAAACAAGUACAAGGAAGCGACCGAUCUACUGAACGAUGCCCUCGACAUUCGGGAACAGACCUUGGGGGUGGAGCACCCUGCGGUGGCUGCCACCCUCAACAACCUGGCGGUGCUGUACGGCAAACGUGGGAAAUACACAGAGGCAGAACCGUUAUGCAAACGGGCCCUGGAGAUCCGUGAGAAGGUGUUGGGCAUGGAUCACCCAGAUGUGGCCAAGCAGCUGAACAACCUGGCCCUCUUGUGCCAGAACCAGGGCAAAUUCGAGGAAGUGGAGCGAUACUACCAGAGGGCUCUCUGCAUCUACCAGACCCAGCUGGGCCCCAAUGACCCCAACGUAGCCAAGACCAAGAACAACCUGGCUAACGCGUACGUGAAACAAGGCAAGUACGAGCAGGCAGAGGAGCUGUACAAGGAGAUUCUGUCCUCACACGACCAGGAGCUGGCCACCAGGCGGGGAGGUAAGGGCCCUGGGGCUCUGGGCCACCUCAGACGCAGCAGUUCCUUCUCCCGGUUCCGUGAGUCGAUCAAACGCGGCAGUGAGAAGCUGGUCUCCAAGCUUAAAGGAGAUGGGGUCCGACGGGGCCCCCUGCCCCCACCCCCAGGGUUGAAGCGGGCCACCUCCCUCAACGUCCUGCAUGUAGGCGAAAGUCCAGCUGCUGCUGUGUCCCCCACAGUGACGGCCCAGCCGGCCUCUGACCAGCGCACGCAGCCUGAGCUCCAGUACCCAGAACCUCACGCAGAGAAGCUCCCCCUAGGAUGGGGUGGCCGGUCCCCUACCUUUGCCUUGCCACCGGCAGCUGGGCCAGAGAUCAAGCUUCUCCCCCCUCUUUGCCCGCUCCGCCUUUGCACCUGGUUUCAGGGGCAACAGUGCCCGCAGCGCGGCUCGGCUGCUAGUUUCCUCACCGGCUGGAGUCAGUUGCGCCUUCGCCUCCAGCCUGCAAGGAGCGAGACUGGGAAGAAGCCCUCGACUGCUGCACGUGGCUGA